GCGACCAGCACUGGGAGCGAGCCGGAGAUCGCUCCUCACUUUCAGAGUACGGGACGCUGCUCUGUGGAAGCAGGUGUGGCGACAGGAGCAACUGGAGCUUAGUUUCGGGCCGAGGUUAGUCUGCAGCUCGGGGUUAGUCUGCAGCUCGGGGUUAGUCUGCAGCUCGGGGUUAGUCUCCGGAGGGGGAUCGCUCUCUGCGUCGUCGUGAGCGCGGCCGCCGUGGAGGUGGAGUGGUUUAGAGCCGCUGGCAACCAGAGUGCCGGGUCGGGGGACUGGAAUGGCAGCGACCCGGGGGAGAUGCUGACCACGGUGUGGGAGACGGAGGGGCUGCAGACCGCGGGAAUCGUGGUCAUCGUCUGCGCCUCGCUCAAGCUGCUCCACCUGCUGGGGAUCAUUAACUUCUCAGAAGACAGCGUGGAAGAUGAGCUGGAGAUGUCCACGGUGCGCCACCGGCCCGAGGGCCUGGAGCAGCUGGAGGCUCAGACCAAGUUCUCCAGGAAGGAGCUGCAGAUCCUGUACCGAGGCUUCAAAAACGAGUGCCCGAGUGGAGUCGUCAAUGAAGACACAUUCAAAGACAUCUACUCUCAGUUUUUCCCACAGGGAGAUGCGUCCACUUACGCCCACUUCCUGUUUAAUGCCUUUGACACAGAUCACAAUGGCUCUGUGAGUUUUGAGGACUUCGUCAUGGGGCUGUCUAUACUGCUGCGAGGGUCUGUCCAAGAAAAGCUGAACUGGGCAUUUAAUUUGUACGAUAUCAAUAAAGAUGGAUACAUAACUAAAGAGGAAAUGCUUGACAUUAUGAAAUCUAUUUACGACAUGAUGGGAAAAUGUACAUAUCCCAUUCUGAAAGAGGAAACUCCUAGACAGCACGUGGAAAUUUUCUUUCAGAAAAUGGACAAAAACAAAGAUGGAGUGGUCACCAUAGAUGAGUUUAUUGACUGCUGCCAAAAUGAUGAGAACAUAAUGCGGUCAAUGCAGCUCUUUGAAAAUGUCAUUUAGAAGUGGAGGAGUGUCCUGGACUCUCUCAGAGGUCACAUCCUCCUUCUUCCGGACAGCCUCUGAGAGGGACCUUUAAUUCCAUUCUGCGUGAUGUCACCACCUUGCGUCGGGGUGCGUUCUGUGUGUGGGAGGAUUAUGCAAAAUAAGCUUAUGUCAUUCUACAGCUCCCAUGAUUUAAAUCCCGAAUAAGGUUUUAUUAUUAUUAUUAUUAUUGUUUCCUGUUUGAUAGUCUACAUUUCUUGUUUCUUGUUUUGUGUUGUAGAAAUGGGGGAGGGGGAAAUAAAAUCCAGAUUCUUUUACAUGUAAAAACAAACAUUUCAGCGUCGCUGCUGGUCGCUGGUCAUCGAGGUCCAGUUCGGUCGGCCUGAUGUCCACGUCUCUCUGCGUUUGUGUCGUGCUGGAAUGGCCUCCCUUUGGAGAGAGUGUGUCAUUCUGUUAAAUUUGUGUUUUUGGGACUUUAUGCGCUCAUCUUUCUGCCCCCGUCAUCAAUGUACGAGUUUCACAAGAUACCACUAUGAUUUGUCAUGAGGCGAUGCAUCCUACUGCGCUACUACUGCUGAGAAAAAUAACGAGUGUUGUCUUCGCAUUCUCCCAGAAUGUUGCCAUCUAGCGGCGCCUGUUCAUUGUGCUCCUUUUGUGUGCUAUAUGUUCAUUAAUGCUUCCGCAUUGGUUUUAAACUCUGGAAUAACCAUGAGCCUCUCCGUCAGCCAGACGUGGCAGAAGCAUGCUCGAUCAAACUUGAAAUUUCAUGUCUGAUGAAAUGCUCCACUGUGGACAAAGAGUCCGUUUGGAACACUUUUUCUACAGCUGUAGAUACUGAAUAAAUGAAGUUACAGACGCG